GUUCUAGCGUGGAGGUGGCCAGUGAGCCCAGCUCCACACUGACUCUCUGGGUGGGAGGGGGAAAGCGUCUCCCCACCCCCAAGCCUAGGCUCUUCCUUGGGGGGGCAAGAGAGGCACAGACAGUGGGAUGGAGCGGGUUCCCUUUGGGAGGUUAAUCAUUGACGGGGCCGAGGCUUAAGGGGCCAUUCCUUUCCUCUCCGGCCUGCACAGAGAGGUCGUCUGGCCCUGCAUGGAUAAGGCCCAACAUGAGAAGCUCCCCAAUUCUCGCCCUUCUGCUUCUCGCCUGCGCUGCAGCCCAGAAAGAGCCCGUGAGCAGGAGGAGGAAAGGGCCCCAGAGGCUGCAGCUGCCCCACCUGCGGAGGAAGACUGACCCCCACAGCUCAGCCACCCGAUUCCUGCUCUACUCCAACACAGCAGAGGAGAGCUGCCUGAUCGAGUUCCAGCAGCUGCCGACUCUGGAGAGAUGCAGCUUCAACGCCUCCCUCCCCCUGGUGAUGAUCGUCCACGGCUGGUCGGUGGACGGAAGGCUGGAAGGCUGGAUUUGGAAGCUGGCGGAAGCCCUGAAAUCUCGGCACCCGCAAACCAACGUGAUCAUUGCAGACUGGCUCACGCUCGCCUACCGGCAUUACCCCAUCGCAGUGCAGAAUACCCGGGACGUCGGCCAGGAAAUUGCUCGGUUCCUGGAAUGGCUGGAGGACUCCGUCCAGUUCUCCAGAGGCAACGCUCACCUCAUCGGCUACAGCCUCGGGGCUCACGUCUCCGGCUUCGCUGGCAGCUUUAUUGGGGGCGGGAAGAAGAUUGGCAGAAUCACAGGUCUUGAUCCGGCCGCCCCCCUCUUCGAGGGCAUGUCCCCGACAGACCGCCUGUCGCCGGAUGAUGCAGAUUUUGUGGAUGCCAUCCACACCUUCACCAAACAGCACAUGGGCCUCAGCGUCGGCAUCAAGCAGCCGGUGGCUCAUUUCGACUUCUAUCCCAACGGGGGAACGUUCCAGCCCGGCUGCCACAUCAUGCACGUCUACGAUCACAUCGUCCAGUAUGGCAUCAGGGGGCUCACGCAGACCGUGAAGUGUGCCCACGAGAGGUCGGUUCACCUGUUUAUCGACUCCCUCCAGCACAGUGAUAAGCAGAGCACGGGCUACUGGUGCAAAGACAUGCAGACCUUCGACAAGGGCCAGUGCCUCAGCUGCCACAAGAGCCGAUGCAACACUCUCGGCUAUGACAUCCGGAAGGAGAAGGUGCCCAGCAGCCGGCAGCUCUUCCUCAGGACGCAGCCCCACAAGCCCUUCAAAGUUUACCACUACCAGUUCAAGAUCCAUUUCAUCAGCGAAUUCCAGGAGAAGCAAAUCGAUCCCACUCUCACCAUCUCUCUGACAGGCAGCCAAGACGACGUUGAAGAUCUCUCCAUGACUCUAGUUGACGGCAUCAGUGGAAAUAAAACAUACACCUUCCUCGUCCCCCUGGAUAUCGAUAUUGGGGAGCUGAUGAUGAUCAAACUGAAGUGGGAAGGCACUGCAGUCUGGGAAAACAUCUGGAACACGGUGCAAACCAUUAUCCCGUGGCAGAAGAGGAACCACCCGCUGGGGCUGAUCGUGAAGGCCCUGAAAGUCAAGGCAGGAGAGACGCAACACAAGAUGACGUUCUGUUCUCAAAGCGCUGACGACUUGCACCUCUACCCGGGGCAAGAGAAAACCUUCGUGAGGUGUGAAAUCAGCUCCCGAGGGCAGCUGAGGACUGAGAAGUGAGUGGGAUCCGCCCGAAACCUGAGACUCCACUCCGGAACCUUUUUACAGAACAUUUAUUUUUAAAGUGUAGAUAGCAAAUUAAAAAAUAAAUGAAUUACCAAACAAAA